AUGAGCGGCGACAAACAUCGUCUCAACGGUACCGGUCCGAACGCAAAUGGCAUUGAUGGGUCAGAAGAUGUCGAGAUGAAAGAACAAUCACAGAACUCGAAGAAGGGUUCUAAGCCCAACAAGGACAAGGAUGGGGAUGACGAGAUGACUGUUGUUGUUCCGCCUUCGAAGGGUUCAAACGCUCCCACUGCUCCAGAGAAAGCCACCGAGGCGGACCUCAAAAUCGGCGCCUUGAAUGGCAAUUCGGAGAAUGAAGCGGAAGCCGAGAUCGAUCCCCAGGAAAAAGCCAUAUCAGAAAUCAAAGCCAAUCUCCCAUUAUUGGAGCGUGGUGUCGCCCAAUUCGAUCCGCGGUUCAGUCUGAGGGUGCUCCGUUCGAUAUCGUCAGUCCGAAAACAUCUAUCUGCUUACGUGCUGGCGACUGUCGUGAUAGACGCGUACCCAACUCCUACGGCAACUGCCACUUCUCUCCUUACCGCCGUUAAAGAUGACCCAUCCUUUCCCUCGCAGAAAGUCGAAGAAUGGCAUAACAGGAAGGAUGCAGCUCACCAGAAGGGUUCUCCGAAAGAAAUAUUGCCCGAAAUCGAUAUCUAUCUGUCAAUCUUGGUGCAAGUCUAUCUUUACGAUAAGAAGUCAAUCGAUGCCGGUGCUCAGUUCUCCAGUGCCCUUGUCGAGCAUUUGCGCACUUUGAACCGUCGCACGCUGGACGCUUUGGCUGCCCGGGUAUAUUUCUACUAUGCACUCUUUUUCGAAGAGCUGGCUCCAUUACCGCCGUCUCCUGCCGCUGCGGUGAUCUCCAUUCGGAAGAACCUUCUUGAUGCGCUCAGAACGGCUACCCUGCGGAAAGAUCAAGAUAUCCAAGCCGCGGUCACCACUCUCCUCUUGCGGAACUAUCUGUCUACAUCGCAUAUCAACCAGGCUGAUCUCUUGAUUUCGCGCACGAACUUCCCCCCGGCCGCGGCAAACAACCAAUAUGCCCGAUACCUGUAUUAUCUUGGACGCAUUCGAGCCAUUCAACUCCGGUACACCGAGGCUCAUGAGCACCUCACUGGUGCUACUCGCAAAUCACCGACUACUUACAAAGCCAGCGGGUUUUACCAGGCUUCGACCAAGUUGCUUAUUGUGGUUGAGCUGUUGAUGGGAGAUAUUCCUGACCGCGCGAUCUUCCGGCAACCUAGUCUGGAGAAGGCUUUGCAACCCUACCUUCAACUUGUUCAAGCUGUCAGUUCCGGCGAUGUUACUGGGUUCCAAAACUUGGUCCAGCGGUACAAUGCGACAUUCCGCAAAGAUGACACUUACACCCUGGUCCUGAGAUUGAGGCAGAACGUGAUCAGGACAGGCAUCCGUAUGAUGUCUCUUUCAUACGCCAGAAUCUCGUUACGUGAUAUGUGCCUAAGACUGGGACUGGACAGCGAGGAAUCCGCCGAGUACAUGGUUGCGAAGACAAUUCGAGAUGGUGUCAUUGAGGCUAGCCUUGACCAUGAGCACGGGUACAUGAAGAGCAAGGAAGUUGGUGACGUGUAUGCUACCAGAGAACCCGGCGACGCCUUCCACGAGCGCAUCCAAGCUUGCUUAGCUUUGCACGAUGAGAGUGUCAAGGCUAUGCGAUUCCCGAUGAACCAGCAUCGGCUGGAACUGAAAAAUGCUCAGGAGGCCCGCGAACGUGAACGCGAACUCGCAAAGGAAAUCGUGGACGGAGAAAUGGACGAUGAUGAGGGUCCCGGCGGCGAUUUCGAAGGGUUGUGA